CGGAGUAGCGCGGGCGGGGCGCGGUCUGACUGGAGCGGAGCCGUCCCCGUGGUUAGAACGAGGCCUGACGGGAACUGGGCGGACCCCGACCGCGGCCUGACAGGGGCGGAGCUCGCGGAGCCGCGGGGGCGGGGCGAGGCCUGGUAGAGGCGGAGACCCGGUGCGGCCUGGCGAGAGGCGGAGCACGCAGCUCGACGAGGGCGAGGCCUGAUUGGGGAGGGAGGAGCGGAGAGGCAGGGGCGGGCCGAAGGCCGACCCCUCAAGAAGAAAGUGGUGGGGCGAUGCAGGUGGCCAUGAACGGCAGGGCCCGGAAAGAGGCAAUCCAGGCCACAGCCAGGGAGCUUCUCAAGUUCGUGAACCGGAGUCCGUCUCCUUUCCACGUCGUGGCUGAGUGCCGCAGCCGGCUUCUUCAGGCUGGCUUCCGUGAACUCAAGGAAACAGAGGGCUGGGAUAUCUUACCAGAAAACAAGUACUUCUUAACCAGAAACUCCUCUUCCAUCAUUGCUUUUGCUGUGGGAGGCCAGUAUGUUCCUGGCAAUGGCUUCAGCCUCAUUGGGGCUCACACGGACAGUCCCUGUCUCCGGGUGAAACGCAAAUCUAAACGAAGCCAGGUGGGCUUCCACCAGGUUGGUGUGGAGACCUACGGUGGUGGGAUCUGGAGCACGUGGUUUGACCGGGACCUGACCUUGGCUGGACGAGUCAUUAUCAAGUGCCCGACCUCAGGUCGCCUGGAGCAGAGGCUUGUUCAUGUGGAGCGACCCAUUCUGCGCAUCCCGCAUCUGGCCAUCCACUUGCAGAGAAAUAUCAAUGAGAGCUUUGGGCCCAACACAGAGACGCACCUAGUGCCUAUUCUAGCCACAGCAGUUCAGGAAGAGCUGGAGAAAGGGACUCCUGAGCCAGGACCUCUCAGCACCGCUGAUGAACGGCACCACUCAGUCCUCAUGUCCCUGCUCUGUACCCAUCUGGGACUGAGUCCUGAGAACAUCGUGGAGAUGGAGCUGUGCCUGGCAGACACUCAGCCUGCAGUCCUGGGUGGAGCCUAUGAAGAGUUCAUCUUUGCUCCUCGACUGGACAAUCUGCAUAGCUGCUUCUGUGCCCUGCAGGCUUUGAUUGAUUCCUGUGCAUCCCCUUCCUCCCUGGCCAGGGAGCCACAUGUGCGCAUGAUCACACUCUACGACAAUGAAGAGGUGGGGUCAGAAAGUGCCCAAGGAGCACAGUCUCUGCUGACGGAGCUGGUACUGCGGCGCAUCUCAGCCACACCUCAGCGUUUGACCGCCUUCGAGGAAGCCAUACCUAAGUCCUUCAUGAUCAGUGCAGACAUGGCCCAUGCUGUGCACCCAAACUAUGCGGACAAGCAUGAAGAAAACCACCGGCCCUUAUUCCAUAAGGGUCCUGUGAUCAAGGUGAACAGCAAGCAGCGCUAUGCCUCUAAUGCAGUGUCAGAGGCUCUGAUUCGAGAGGUGGCCAGCCAAGUUGGGGUGCCCCUGCAGGAUCUCAUGGUCCGGAACGACUCCCCCUGUGGUACCACCAUUGGACCUAUCUUGGCUUCUCGACUGGGGCUUCGGGUGCUGGACUUAGGUAGCCCCCAACUGGCCAUGCACUCUAUUCGGGAGACAGCCUGUACCACUGGAGUUCUCCAGAGCCUCACCCUUUUCAAGGGUUUCUUUGAGCUGUUCCCCUCUGUGAGCCGCAACCUCUUCGUGGACUGAGCCCUCUUGGCGACCUGCCUUCUCUCGCCCCUGGGACCGAAGAGGAGGUCUCAGCUUAGCUGAAGCUGGAUUAUUAAAGUGGAUUUUCACCCA